UUUGACAAAAGCUGUAUCCCUUCUAGCCAUGACCAUUUGGUUAAAAUGAGCUAGUGAAAGAUUUGCCUCCGUACUUUCGCCAAAACGCACACUUGUGUCGAAAGUGGUUCUUCAAGCUAUUCAUUCACCAAAACAAACUUUGCUUUACAUGUUUACCUGUCAAUACAUUUCAACUGUGACAAAGUCAAAUGAGAAACCGUGCGAGGUGAAACCAAUUUAGAAACGUUUUGUCAACGAAAUGGCGUUGUUAUUCUGGGGAAGAGGACUUCGCAAUGCUGUUACCAAAAAGGCUAUGCAAGGAGUCCAGCUCUACUGGUAAUAAAUGCAGUUCAAGUGUCUGUAAAUACGAAGUGCAUUCUACGGUAGCUAGCUACCGAAUUAUUUGCAGAUAUUACAACAGUGGUUGAAAAUACUUAGAAUAGUCUGUGGCUCCAAUACAGCUGUCAUGCAUGUUUUCUGGCUAUCAGUGCAGUUUAAUAUAUGGUCAGGAGAUGGCGCUGUUUACCCAUCUCAGGCUCCAGUUGCAGUGAAUUAAAUGUAAUAUACAUUUGGUUUGUGGUACUGUAUGUCAUAUAUUAUCAGUUAAAAUACACAUGAAUUGUCAGUAUUUAUUCAUCAAGUAGAUAUGUCUGUUUAAUUGUGUUGUUUGUUUUCCCCUAAGUACCUCAGUGGUAUCAGGCAGAGAGUGUGUGAAUGGAGUGGAUCUGUUCUACCAGCAGACUGGAAAAGGAGACCAUGCUGUUUUACUACUGCCUGGAGCUCUGGGUAGGUAACAACACUAGUGGUCCCCAGGCUAUAAGUGUCUGGUGCACAACACUACCAACCUCCGUCACUUCGCCAACCUUGUCCAUAAACUGUCAAGUGUGUAAUGAUGAUCUUUUUCAAAUAUGGACUAGCCUAAAUCAUAUGUCACACUACUGAUUAAGGCAUCUGCCCAUCAGAGCAUCAACAUUAGUAAUAGUGACUUUGAUGUUGAGAGGUGACUGAGGACCUCAAGCCUAUUAACCUACAGUAUAAACAACUUCAUAAAAACGCAUAGUAAGUUGUUUUGGGUCCUCAUCAGAAGAACAGGCACAGACCCUCUAUAAUGUUGGUUACCAGCAGUGUGCGUUCCUGUAACAGGAAGUGCUCAGACUGACUUUGGGCCGCAGCUGAAGUCUUUGAGUAAGGACUGCUUCACUGUGAUUGGUUGGGACCCUCGCGGGUACGGAAACUCCCGCCCCCCGGAGAGAGACUUCCCUCUGAACUUCUUUGAGAGGGACGCCAAGGACGCUGUGGACCUGAUGCAGGUCAGAGUCAAACCAAUCAGGAAUCACAUUGGGAACAUGCUUUAAAAUGUUGCUGUACAGGGCUUGUAGAGUGUGCCUCUUAAUAUUGCAUAGUCCGCAACUGUAAACUCAGCACACAAGAUUAUAGUGACUUUCUCCGCAACACAGAGAAACAGGACUCCUCUGGAGAACAUGAACUACACAGUAGCCUCUCUCUUGCUCUCGGUAUGUGAGGACAGUCAGCCAAGUGUAUUUCCUUAUUUAUCUGUGAACGUGUGUGUCUUUUCCCUCAUUGCUUAUCUGUGAACGUGUGUCUUUCCCCUGGUAGGCGUUGAGAUUUCCAAGGUUCUCUCUGCUGGGCUGGAGUGACGGAGGCAUUACUGCUCUGAUCGCAGCAGCCAGGAACCCCUCCCUGGUCAAUAAGAUGGUGGUGUGGGGCUCCAACGCAUACGUCUCACCACAAGAUGUAAAGAUCUACAAUGGUGAGGUCCUGUUAUUGGUGUGUGCGAGCGUACUGUGGAGUGACUGGAUUAGGCAGCUCUGCAUGUGUGUGGGUUUGUGUAAUACAGCCUGUGUGUGUCCAUGUUUCUUCAGCGAUCCGUGACGUGUCUCAGUGGAGUGAGAGGAUGAGGAGGCCCAUGGAGGAGGUGUAUGGGGCGGAGCUCUUUAUUAAGACCUGGGAAGGAUGGGUGGAUGGGAUUGGACAGUUUGCCCAGAGACCAGAAGGUUAGAGCAGCAACAUCUUUGCAGCAAAGAUUCAAAUUUUCCAGUUCCACUUGUCAGUUCCUGUGUUAAAGAGUAUCUGUAUAGAUCCUUAGACUUGUGUUCUCUGUCCUGUAUUGUUCAGGAAGCAUCUGUAUGGAGCUGCUGCCUCAGAUCAGCUGUCCCUCCCUCAUCAUCCACGGAGAGAAGGAUUCCAUGGUGCCCAGCUUCCACCCUCAGUAUCUCGUCAAACACAUCAAGGGUUCAAGGUGAGCUGACACCCCCAUUACAUUCCUUAUCUUUUGUUCUCCUAUCCUCCCUUCUGUAUGUUUUUCUCUCUUAUAGAGAGGCAUUGUAUGAAAGGACAUGCUGACUGUACAUAAUUUCUAUGUCAAUGUUUAACUACAUCCACUAAUGAUACGUACAACCUCUACUACAAUGUUUUCGUCGGUGUCCAGAUUGCACCUGAUGCCAGAAGGGAAACAUAACCUGCACCUGAGGUUUGCUGCCGAGUUCAACAAGCUGGUGGAAGACUUCCUGAACCAGUGAUGGACAUACUGUCUGCGUCCCAAAUAGCACCCUAUU